UCCAGCCCAGUAGGUGGCAGUAAAGCGUAGCUGAUACCCAGAGAAACACGAGCCAGUUGUACACACACAGAGACAUCAUGGCGGACGUAUUGGAUCUUCAUGAGGCGGGAGGCGAAGAUUUUCCUAUGGAUGAGGAUGAGAGCAUCCACAAGCUGAAAGAGAAGGCCAAGAAGAGAAAAGGACGAGGCUUCGGCUUGGAGGAGGGAUCCAGGUCCAGAGCUAAAGAGGACUAUGAUACUGUGGAGCAAGACGGGGAUGAACCCGGUCCUCAGAGAUCUGUGGAGGGUUGGAUCCUGUUUGUGACCGGUGUGCACGAGGAGGCAACAGAGGAGGACAUCCAUGACAAGUUCUCAGAGUUUGGAGAAAUCAAGAACCUGCAUCUUAACCUCGAUCGAAGAACGGGCUACCUGAAGGGCUAUGCACUAGUAGAGUAUGAGACGUACAAAGAAGCGCAGGCAGCCAUGGAGGGACUCAAUGGUCAGGACCUGAUGGGCCAGACUAUAAGCGUAGACUGGGCUUUUGUCAGAGGACCCCCUAAGAACAAGAGGAGGGGCGGUGGACGGAGACGCAGCAGAAGUCCAGACCGGAGACGGCGUUGAACGGCAGCGGUGUUGAUCCCGUCACGUUGGCGGGCAGUUUCUCAUUCUCUCACAUAAAUCACUUCCUGUUUUUGUUUUUUAUUCUGUAAUAUUGUUUGACCCCAGUAUUUUCUCAUAGCAACUGUACUGGACUUGAGGAACUUGGCCAGGAAUUAGCCCGGUAUAACGGCACCAUUUGCAGAAUAUUAAAGUCUCUUAGUGAAGCUUUGUUAGACGUUUAAAACCCUACUUACAUGGUAACAGUUUGCUGAAAACGUUUCAGUUUGAAUUGCAUUGUGACUUUUUGUUGUUUCUUUUAUUACGCGGGGACAAAUAAAGUUUUAAAAAGAUAAAA